AUUCUAAACAGAGGUGACAUUGGCAAAACCGAGGAGUGUGUACUCUUGAAGGUUAUGAAGUAGAGGUAUAUAAAUCUACCACCGCUGAUGAGACUAGCUCUUGCCACUUCUGGAGGAAACCCUUGAAGACCAUCUCAAAAUUGCAGGGAAAAGAAACUCGGGGGUUUGGACGACUGUUGAUUUGGACAGUGCUUCUAAUUUCAGGCCAGGCACCAUGAGUAAAAUGAAUUCAUAUGACAUGUUUGUGGAAAUGGAUAAAAUGGAUGGAGAAAUAGACGUGAAAAUCAAGAAGAAGAAAGUGAAGAAAAAGGAGAAACUGGAGAGCAUGAAGAAAGAGAUGGAUAUUGACGACCAUGAAAUCACCAUCGAUGAGCUGGAACUGAAAUAUACAACAAGUGUUACCAAGGGCCUGACCUCCACCGUCGCCCAGCAGGUUUUGGAACGGUAUGGACCCAAUGAACUCAAGCCUCCCAAGGGUACACCAGAGUACGUCAAAUUUGCCCGUCAGCUGGCCGGAGGGCUCCAGUGUUUGAUGUGGGUGGCAGCUGUCAUCUGUUUUAUCGCUUUUGGCAUUGAGUGCGCCAGUGAUGAUCUCGCCAGCUACGAUAAUCUGUAUCUGGCCAUCGUUCUCAUCACUGUGGUCGUGGUGACUGGCUGUUUUGGCUACUACCAAGAGUUCAAGAGCACAAAUAUCAUUGCCAGUUUCAAAAAUCUGGUGCCACAGCAAGCUCUUGUGAUCAGAGACGGGCAGAAAAAUGAGAUCAAUGCUAACUUGCUGGUGGUAGGAGAUCUAGUAGAAAUUAAGGGUGGUGAUCGUGUGCCAGCUGAUGUUCGGAUCAUCACUUCUCAGGGUUGUAAGGUAGAUAAUUCAUCCCUGACUGGUGAGUCUGAACCUCAGACCAAAAGCCCAGAAUGCACUCAUGAAAACCCCCUGGAGACAAGGAACAUUGCUUUCUUUUCUACUACCUGUCUGGAGGGCGUAGCCACUGGUGUGGUUAUCAACACUGGAGAUCGAACCAUUAUUGGCAGAAUCGCCAGUCUGGCGUCCGGUGUGGGCAAUGAAAAGACGCCAAUCGCUAUAGAGAUCGAACAUUUUGUUGAUAUCAUCGCUGGUCUUGCCAUCUUCUUUGGCUUCACGUUCUUUGUGGUUGCAAUGUUUAUCGGUUAUGCGUUCCUGGAAGCCAUGAUCUUUUUCAUGGCCAUCGUUGUGGCUUACGUGCCCGAGGGACUUCUGGCAACAGUCACGGUGUGCCUGUCUCUCACUGCCAAACGUCUAGCCAGAAAGAACUGUGUGGUUAAGAACCUAGAAGCUGUAGAAACGCUGGGUUCCACAUCGGUAAUAUGCUCAGAUAAAACCGGAACCCUCACACAGAACCGUAUGACUGUGGCCCACCUUUGGUUUGACAAUAUGAUCCAUGCAGCUGAUACCACAGAAGAUCAGUCAGGUCAGAGUUUCGACCAGUCUUCGGAAACAUGGCGAGCUCUUGCCAGAGUGGCCAGUCUGUGUAAUCGAGCCAUUUUCAAACCUAACCAGGAGAUGGUGCCUGUUCCCAAGCGAAUGGUUGUUGGUGAUGCAUCAGAAACAGCCCUGCUGAAGUUUACUGAGUUGACAAUUGGAAACAUCAUUGAAUACAGGGAACGGUUUAAUAAGAUCUGUGAAGUGCCAUUCAAUUCCACAAACAAAUUUCAGUUAUCAAUUCAUGAGCUUGAAGAUCCUCUGGAUCUGCGCUACAUGCUGGUGAUGAAGGGUGCACCAGAGAGAAUACUGGAGCGCUGCUCGACCAUCCUGAUCAAAGGCCAGGAACUUCCAUUAGAUGAGCAGUGGAGAGAAGCUUUCCAGACAGCUUACAUGGACCUUGGAGGCCUGGGAGAAAGAGUUUUAGGUUUUUGUCAUCUGUACUUGAAUGAAAAGGAGUUCGCUCGAGGCUACAACUUUGACACCGAUGAGAUGAAUUUCCCCACAUCCGGUCUGUGUUUUGCUGGUCUGAUCUCUAUGAUUGACCCACCUCGUGCCACAGUGCCUGAUGCGGUCAUGAAGUGCCGCACAGCUGGGAUCCGGGUUGUCAUGGUUACGGGGGACCACCCAAUCACAGCCAGGGCUAUCGCUGCGAACGUUGGCAUAAUCUCAGAGGGCAGCGAGACAGUGGAAGACAUCGCCGCCCGACUGAGGAUACCAGUGGAGCAGGUCAAAAAGAGUGAGGCCCGCGCUUGUGUCAUUAAUGGAGGUCAACUGAAAGAUAUGAGCAGUGAAGAACUCGACGAGGCGCUCAUGAAUCAUCCGGAAAUGGUGUUCGCCCGCACGUCUCCCCAACAAAAGCUCAUCAUUGUAGAGAGCUGCCAGCGACUGGGUUCCAUAGUGGCAGUAACAGGAGAUGGUGUUAAUGAUUCUCCCGCACUAAAGAAAGCAGAUAUCGGCAUCGCUAUGGGUAUAUCUGGCUCUGACGCCGCCAAGAACGCAGCCGACAUGAUACUGCUGGAUGACAACUUUGCAUCUAUUGUAACUGGAGUGGAACAAGGCCGUUUGAUCUUUGAUAACUUGAAGAAGUCCAUUGCUUACACACUGACUAAAAACAUCCCUGAGCUGACUCCCUACCUGAUCUACAUCACUGUCAGUAUCCCGCUGCCGCUGGGCUGCAUCACCAUUCUGUUCAUUGAGCUCGCAACAGACAUAUUCCCUUCAGUUUCGCUGGCAUAUGAGAAAGCCGAGAGUGACAUCAUGCAUCUUAAACCCAGGAACCCUCGCCGGGACCGACUGGUCAAUGAAGCUCUGGCUGCUUAUUCUUACUUUCAGAUCGGUGCAAUCCAGUCUUUUGCAGGUUUUACUGAUUAUUUCGCAGCUAUGGCCCAGGAGGGCUGGUUUCCACUCCUCUGUGUGGGCUUGAGGGGUCAGUGGGAGGACAUUCGCUUGCAGGACCUGCAGGACAGUUACGGACAAGAAUGGACGUACAGUCAGCGCCUGUAUCAGGAGUACACCUGUUACACUGUGUUCUUUGUCAGCAUUGAGAUCUGCCAGAUUUUUGAUGUCUUGAUCAGAAAAACACGUCGUCUUUCUCUUUUCCAGCAAGGACUUUUCAGGAACAAGGUGCUUGUGUCAGCCAUAGUAUUCCAGUUAUGUCUUGGUAAUCUGCUGUGUUACUGUCCUGGGAUGCCUAAUAUCUUCAACUUUAUGCCAAUUAGGGUUCAGUGGUGGUUUGUUCCACUGCCUUAUGGAAUUCUCAUCUUGGUCUAUGAUGAGAUCAGAAAAUUGGGGGUCAGAAGAUAUCCAGGCAGUAAGUUCUUCAUCUUAAUUUAUAACCAUCGUUUCAGACAGUAAAGACUAAGUUGGCAUCUUAACUUGUUUUUUAUCUGUUGUUAGGUUGGUGGGACCAAGAGCUGUAUUACUAGAUCAUAUUUAGGCUCAUCUCAGGAUUUCUGUAACAAAUUUAAUUUUCGAUAAACAUUUCUACAUAUCGACCCAAAUGAGUACCCAUGAGUCCAUUAAAUUUCGACAUUGUAUAAAAACAGAGUACUUUGAUAUAAAGAUCAUGUGUUUUUGCAACAAUUGAAAACGGGUUCAACACAUCGUAAAUAUGCAUAAGGAAUGUUUAUAAUGAA